AUGUCGCUAGAACCACACACCCACAGUGGUGCUUCGUUUCAACACCACCAACAACCGAGUUCCUGCUUCAAACAAACGGAAAUUCUUUACGACAAAAAUGCAACAUCCGUCGAACAUUUUCAUUGCGAUGAAAUACAAAAACCAAAGAAAGUUGUGAUAAAAACAACACUUUACAAAAAACCGAAUUUUGGACACAUUACAGAGUCGAGAAAAUGGUCUUCCACAAACACCAUACCUUCCCCUUUACGUCACUGUUCUCCCAUCCCCGACGAAGAAUUCCAUUACACUCCCAAACCUCUGACUUCACAAUCACCUUCAACACUUUUUGCAGACAACGAAGUCGCAUCAAUUUUGGGAUCUAAAACCACUGUUGGCUCUCCUUCCUUCGCAACAACCACUUUUUCCGGUUCUCCUUCAACACAAAAAAUCAAUUGCGCACCUACACCACUCAGGUCGUUCGACUUCAACCUUUUGGACGACGACCAAGAGGAUUGCCCACGUUGCUCUAACCCCGGUAUCCUCCAAUAA